AUGGAGAUUAUGGAGCCUUACUACGUUCGUUGCAUCAAGCCCAAUGACCAGAAGUCCCCGUUUCUGUUCGAUGAGGAACGCUGCCGUCACCAAGUCUCGUAUUUGGGUCUCCUGGAGAAUGUCCGGGUCCGAAGGGCCGGCUUUGCCUAUCGGCAGCCGUACCACCGUUUCUUACUCCGGUACAAGAUGACAUGUGAAUACACCUGGCCCAACCACCUCAUGGCCUCCGACGGCGCAGCCACCCAAGCCUUGAUAGAGCAACAUCGCUUCCAAGACGAUGUGGCUUAUGGCCAAACCAAGAUCUUCAUCCGAACGCCCCGGACCUUGUUCGCCCUGGAACAGGAGCGCGCCAACCUGAUACCCAUUAUUGUGUUGUUGUUGCAGAAGGUUUGGAGGGGAGCCCUCGCCCGCAAACGCUGCCGAUACCUACGGGCCAUCUACACCAUCAUGUCCUACUACAAGCGACACAAAGUGAAGUCUCACUUAUUGGAGCUCGUACAACGCUUCCACGGAGUGCGGAACAUGACCGACUAUGGCAAAACUGUGGAGUGGCCGGAGCCUCCAGCGGUGCUGGCCCAGUUCCAGGAGAGCAGCAAACUCAUCUUUUACAGGUGGCGAGCCAGGCAGCUGGUGACCAACAUCCCUCCAUCCGAGAUGGGCCAAAUCAAAGCCAAAGUUGCUGCCUUUGACGUCUUGCAAGACCAGAGGAAAAAUUGGGGUUGUUGUCGAAACUGGAGACAGAACUAUUUAGUGUUGGCAGAGGAGAACCCAGCCUCGGCUGCCCAGUUCAUCAAACAGGUCUCAGCCCUGAAAGACAAGACGCACUUCAGCUCCGUGUUGUUCUCAUGCCACGUGCGUAAGGUCAACCGGUGCAACAAAAGGACGGAUCGAGCCCUACUGAUCACCGACCAGCACCUCUACAAGCUGGACCCCCGGAAGCAAUACCGAGUCAAGAAGACCAUUGCUCUUGGCACAGUGUCCGGUCUGAGUGUCACCACCGGUGAGGACCAGCUGGUUGUCUUCCACUUGGAGAAGCAGAAGUUCCUAGUGGUGUGUCUUCACAAAAUGCAACCGGCCAACGACAACCGGGUCGGGGAGCUGGUUGGGGUCCUGGUGGACCACUUCAGGAGGCUCAAACGAGACCUCCAAGUGACGGUGUCUGACCGCAUCCCGCUUAGCCAAAACAACCGGAAACGCUUAGUGACGGUCGCGACCCGGGACGACGUGACCCUGCCGGAUUUUGCCAAGACCCGGGAUGGCUUUGUGCUCUCCUGGCCAAGGAGCCGAUGAACCAGUGUUGCCUUGAAUCUUUCUGGCUCCUGGGAAAGCGGCAAAAACGAUUCCACAAAUCAUAAGGUCUAGCGUCUUUAUUAUAUUUUUAAAUUGUUGCCUUUUGGAGCUGAGCGGAGGAAGGAAUGGUACUGCAUUCAAUUUUUUAGCUGAAGCUCUUCCUUCCGUCGCCUUGAAAGAACAAUACUCAUUACAGCUAGUCCUCAACUUACAACAGUCUGUUUAGCGACUGUCCCAAUGGCGCUAGAAAAAAGGCAACUUCACACUUAUGACUGUUGCCACAUCCCUGUGAUCCAAACGCAGAUGCACAGCAACCGACUCGUAUUUACAACGCAGGGCAACUGACUCGUAUAUAUGACAGUUGCAAUGUCCCCUGGAGGGCAGGAUGUCACGUUUUUGCAACCUUCCAAAAAGUGGCCAACAGGGAAGCCCGAUUCAUUGAACGACCGGCUUGCUAAUUGAACAAUUACAGGGAUUCAAAGGUGGCAAAUAAGGUUGUAAAACGAGACAAAACUCAAUGAAUGUCUCGGUCAGCAGCAGAAAUUUUGGGCGCCACUGUCAUCGUAAGUUGAGGACUACCUGUAGACUAGACUAGACUAGACUAGACUAGACUAGAUUAGAAUAGAAUAGAAUAGAAUAGAAUAGAAUAGAAUAGAAUUCUUUAUUGGCCAAAUGAGCUUGGACACACAAGGAAUUUGUCUUUGGUGCAAAUGCUCUCAAUGUACAUAAAGAAAAAUAAAAUACAUUCGUCAAGAGUCAUAAAAUACAACGCUUAGUGAUAAUCAUAGGUUACUAAUAAGCAAUCAAAUCAUACUAGGAAACAGAACAAUAUAAAUUAUAAAGAUACGAGCAACAUGGUUAUAGUCAUAAGUGGGAGGAGAUGGGUGAUGGGAGCGAUCAGAAGAUUAAUAAUAAUGCAGCCUUUAAUGUGAAUAAUUUGACAGUGUUGAGGAAAAUAUUUGUUUAGCAGAGUUCAGGAAAAAACUGUCCUUGUGUCUAGUUGUUCUGGUGUGCAGUGCUCUGUAGCGUCGUUUUGAGGAUAGAAGUUGAAACUAUGUCCAGGAUGCGAGGGAUCUGUAAAUAUUUUCACAGCCCUCUUCUUGAUUCGUGCAGUGGGCAGGUCCUCAGUGGAAGGCAGGUUGGUAGCAAUUAUUUUUUCUGCAGUUCUAAUUAUCCUCUGAAGUCUGUGUCUGUCUUGUUGGGUUGUAUGAGACAAGAUGGCUUAAGUUCCUGCCGCGAAUCUAACCAGAUCUUUCAACGGAUCCAGAAUCCCUAACCAUGAAUCGUGGUUUGAAUUUGAACCCCGGUGGAGAAGAACCAUGCAAGACUAACCAUGGAAGACCAGGUUAUUUGAAGGACCUAUUUUCUCAGUUAGAUCCAUCCAACCCAGAAGAGCAGGGAGGCAGGAGAUGUUAUGGGUCUCCCCUCUUAAGGAGGUCCAUCUGGUGGGACCCAGAAGAAGGGCCUACUCGGUGGUGGUGGCUCCUUCAAUGUUAUUUGAAGGACACUCUAUUCCCAGGUACAUCUCUUUAACCCACCAGAUCAGAGAGGCAAGAGAUGUUAUGGGUCUCCUCUCUUAGGAUGGUCCAUCUGGUGGGACCAAGUAGAAGGACUUUUUCUCCUCAGGAGGUCCAUCUGGUGGGACCAAGUAGAAGGACUUUUUCUCCUCAGGAGGUCCAUCUGGUGGGACCAAGUAGAAGGACUUUUUCUCCUCAGGAGGUCCAUCUGGUGCGAUCAGGAAGAAGGACCUUCUCCAUGGUGACUUCUUCUGUUAUUUGAAGGACCAUCUUCAAAUUACAUCCACCUGACCCACCAGAGCUGGAAGGCAGGAGAUAUUAUGAGGUCCUCUCUUAAAAGAGGUCCAUCUAAUAGGACCUGGAAGAAGGACCUUCUACGUGGUGGCUCCUUCCCAUCAACCCUUGGGAGAUAAAGACUAGUCUCCAUCUUGAUAGUCCUUCACAAGGUCCUGAAGACCUGGUUCUACGAAGGGAUCAAGGGAUCCCUGGGGUGAUACGGAGCCCACCUAUUGGUCGCUUGGUGUGAUGUCACCAAGGGGCGGGGUUUAUUGGGGUUGUAGUUUUGGAAGCCUUCCAGAGUAAUUGUGAAUUGACCGACCCUAUCAAUGCUUUUAAUAAAGAAUUUUUUUAAAAAAAAUUAAAUUG